GUUGAUCUUGGCGACCCGCACUCAUAGUUUAGGUGGUCGUUCACCAAAAUCGUUCGUUAAAAAGCGACUCGCCUGGUUUCGUCGAACCCGGGUCGAAGCGACAAAAAUUACCCGGAUCCCCCAUUUAUGGUGAAUGCACAGUGAUUUGACAACGUUUUUUUGAAAAGAAAAAAACAAAAAAAUAUACACACACUAGUCCAUAUAAAAUUUGGAUAAAGAACAAAACGCAAGUGCACAAAAAAAGGAAAAGGCUUUACGAACGUAAACCGUUAUCCCGCGUCUCGAACGCAGAAAGUGAAACGAAAGCGAAAGUCAAGCAAGACAGUGUUACUGUUGCAUCUGAAUAGUGGAACAGUGUAGUGCAGUUUUGGAAGUUUCGUGAUAAAAUUCUUCAUCUAGUUGGAGCAGUGUGAAAAUAUUUCAAAAUGAACCAUCGAACGAGGGCCCUGGUGGGGCUGCUGUGCAUAGCGGGCCUGGCGACGGGUCAACUCACCCAAAACUACCGUCCGGAGUUCUUCUCGCCCGGUCAAGGCUUCCAGUCGGUGUCGGCGCAGAUCUCGAGCAGUAAUGUUCAGCAGUUUAAGCGACAGGCUCCCGGCGGUGGCGGUGCGGGGGGUGCCGAUGUCAUUCCACAUGAUCAGAAGAAGCAAACCACCUUCUGGUGGGUGGCACCGGACACCCCGUUCAAGGCUACUAAAAUCGGUGGCGGUGUUCAGCAGCCACCCGGUACCGAGGGCGAGGAUGGUAGUGGGGCGGCCGGUGGUGCGGCGGGCGCUGUAGCGGGCGCGGGUGGUGUGGUCGGUGCGGGUGGUGUUGCCGGUGGUACCGUGUCCCAGACGGCGUUCCAAGCUUCGGCCGCACGCAGCGCGUCGGCCGGUCAGGCAGGGCAAGCGUUUGGGGCCGGUGGUACCACAACUUCCAUCCAGUCGUCGACCGCAUCCCGCACGAUCGGCACACAGACGCAAGGGUUCCAGGGGGCCGGUGUGGCGACGGGUGGUGCCGCCGGUACGAUCGGUACGCGGACGAGCAUCAGCAAGAGCACGGCCAGUAGCACAUUUGGGACCGGUGUUGCUCAGCCCGCCAUCAUAGCCGGUGGUUCGCGGACCAGUUCGACAACUUCCAAUACACAGAUCAACACGGGCACGGUACAGCCCGGUGUUGGUGCCGGUGGUCUGCGUACGUCCACGAUCAUCCGACAGUCAAAAACACAAACCACGACCGGCGUUGCACCCGUUCCGGUUCCCGCCCCACCACCACCGACCACCUCCAUCCAGAGCACGACGACCGGUGUGCGCACGGAUACGAUCACCUCGAACGUUAACAGCCCGGUGCCACGUACUACCGUGGACGUUACUAAACAAACUAACGUAGAUACGCAGCGUACUAUCCAAACUAACCUCUAUCCGGGCCAGCCGGGCAGUACUUCCACCUCGUCGGUCGUGGGGACCGCUACCCAGACAACCGGAUUAACACCAAAUAACUACGGCGGCACGACCGUUUCGAAGACGCAGGAGCGUACCGGUACCGGUGCCAUCACGAGCAAGAUCACCACCACUGGCACGAUCACUCGGCCAUACUUUAAGCAAACCACACUGACAUCCAACGGAUAUGAUUAUCCCGUGCCGGAAACGGUUCCAUGCUACGGACCGAACAACAUCUGUGCCCCGAAUCAGUUCUGUAACGAUGGAUUCGUCGAUGAGUCGCAGCUGAACCUGUUCAACACGAACAAUCAGAACUGCAACCCCACCCUCGAACAGUGCUGUAAGAUUCGGCCAACGCCGGCCACACGCUGUCCCGACGAUAGCUACGUCUGCGUAUCGCCCAGCUUAUGCAACAAUGGUCUGCUGAACUUCGAUGCACAGAAUGCCAUCUCCACGAGACAACCGACUGGUGAAUGUUACGAACCGGAAGUCUGCUGCAAACAGCAAUCCCUGCUGUCCCAAUCGACCGUCUUGACGAAUGAAGGUUACGUCGUUAAGGUACCGGAAAAUCAGUACCUCCCACCGGAGGGUCAAAACACCGUCACAAACAUACAAACCGCACCCCCACCUCCACCACCCACUACACCUCGCCCACCACCCACCACUACACGCUAUGUACCGCCACCCACCACUACACGGUAUGUGCCACCACCGACCACCACCCGGUACGUGCCACCACCGACCACCACCCGGUACGUGCCACCGCCAACGACGACGCGCUACUUCCCACCACCGACCACCACCCGUGCACCAUUCCGCGGUGACGAGUACAUUCCACCCAGGGAGGAAGUGCCAGAAUCGUCCAAUGACGACCCUAACAAGAUCAGACCUCCACAGGACGAGAUCCCGAACCCGGCCAACGAAACACCGGUCGUCAUCCGGCCGACCACCCAGCGUCCAUUCCAACCGCCGCGCCCACCAGGCCCGGAAGCGCCGCCACCACUACCCCCAGUAGGAUGUUCGGCCGCGAUGAACUGUACCGAGGAGGAGUACUGUUCCUCGACCGGUGUCAUCUCGAAGACUCCGGUUGUGCUGACGGAGGAGCAGAAGCUGUUCCGCGUACCGGUGACGGCCUGUCGCAAUUUGGAACGUGGUUUUACCGGUGUGUGCUGUCGCGAUCCUGACUACGUUGAUCCAUGGCCGGUCGGUCAGCUCGGACAGUACAAUCCGGAAAUUCUUGGCUUCGACGAUGGUUCGUACAAACCGGCUGGAAACGGCAACGGCAACGGUAACGGUAACGGCAAUGGACGCCGUCCAGGGGAACCAAUUCAGGCAUCACCGUCACAGGUAACAUCCACACAAUCGUUUGCACCGAACCAGUUUGUCAGCCAGACGGCCUCAGUGACACAGUCCAAAUCGCAGUACGAUCGCGGCGUAACGGCGUCCGCUUCCUUCCAGUCUACCGUCGGUCAGCGUGUGAAUGCUGCACCGUCCGGUUUGCAGUUUACCAACAGUGGCAACACACGGUUCCGCCCAUUCCAGAACCAACGAUCGGAGAGCACGUUCGCUAAGCCACAACAGUGUGCUCCGAGAAACUAUAACACGCAACCACGUGGUGCAGGACCCUUGGGUACCGGAUUCGGUGAGUUCCCGUGGCAGGCAAUGGUGCUGCUGGAGACAAACAAGACUCUGCUCUGCGGUGGAGCCAUCAUUUCGGAUAACACCGUCGUAACGGCUGCCAAUUGUGUUUAUGGACUAAACCCACGAACGAUUCAAAUCAAGGGAGGCGAAUGGCGCCUGGGAGUUGACGCGGAACCAAAGACAUUCCAGAUCGUGCGCGUGAAGGACAUCGUGUACCAUCCGGCCUACAAUCCGACCACACUGAACUACGACGUAGCCAUGCUGGUGCUGGAGGAUCGUCUACGAUUCGAUACGCACAUCGGUGCCAUCUGUCUGGAUGAGAACGAUGUUGUGCCGAGUGCAUCGUACGAGAACUGUGUUACCACCGGUUGGGGCAAGGAAGUGCUUAAGAUUCACAUCCAAAAUGCACUGAUGCAACAGAUGUCGAUCUCGUUGCUGUCGGAAGCGGAAAGCCAAAGCCAGCUGCAGCGAAACGGAUUUGCACCGGAAUCCCACAUCUGUGGCAGACCGUCGGGUGAUGCCUGUGAGGUUGAUGUAGGAAGUGCGCUGGCUUGUGCCGAUACGAGCGGUACCUACUACCUGAAGGGUGUCUACUCUGCCGACAACGGUUGCAACCGUCCGGAUCAGAUCGUUUCAUUCUCGAACAUUGAUGUGCAGUGGAUCAAGCAGGCGUUGAAGAAUCCGAACCAAUUUAUUACCCCGGUUCCGAACUAUCAAACCGCGGCCAACAGUCCACAGGUGACGCGAGUACAGCUGCAGUCCACUCAGGGUCCGGCGUACAACAACAAGUACCUGCCACCGUACUAGAGCGGCUUUAGAGCAGGCAGAAGCAUAGCACCAACACCAACUAAUUUACAUCCAGUGAUAGUACACACGAAUACACACUGCACGGAAGCAGAUCCGUUGCAGGUUUUCACACCUUUCGGGGUAGAACCUGCCCUGGGUAUCGUGCAAACCGUACAACACAAAGCAUUACAUACCAUUCGACACGUAACAUUCCACCACCAACCGUCACUUGCAUCAUUAUUACACGCGCAUUACAUUGAUGGAAACAUUUUACACUAGAACAAAAUGAACACAAAUACACCAUUUCGGUGGUGACUACUUAGGCGUUAAGACAAUCUUUACCCAUUUCACACCAUCAGGCGGAAAAAUGAUCGACAGCCGAACGGCUGUUCCAACACAAUUACAACAACACGCUACACGUUACUCUUCACCAUUCCUUCGUCUUCUUCACCCAACACAAUUCGUCUCAACGUGCUCACGCGUAUGCUCCGCUAUGCUGCAACGUGGGGUUCAGCCAGAUGAGCAUACAUCUGCGAUGUUUCUUCGCUUUAUCGUGACCAUCACGCCACCCCUAGCCUUUAAGUGAUCCAGCAUAUUUUUUUUAAACAAAACAGCGCUCGUAUCCAGAUCGAAUGGUAGUAAGUUAAUCGUACUUAGCAUCUUAGCAGCACAUGACAAUUCUAUUUCCAAAAUGUGGUGUUGAAGCACAUUACCAAUCUAGUAAGCACGAGAUCAUCACAAGAGCUUACCCAACCUGUUUAAACAGAACGUUUGGUGAAAAGUGUACUUUUUUACGAUUUGGCGAUAAACACUUUAACAAACAGUGUGCCUUAACGUUACCAGCUUAAGCAAAUUUAUCAUCACAAAACACUACCAACGUCACAUACACACACUGGACUGCUGAAAGGCUCACGAGACACACUGACCACGGGCGAGCAGCGGAAGCACAACGUGACGUUACUACGUUCUUUUUACAUCUGUAAUAUUAUUUAAUUACCUGUACAUAAUAAAUAUUGUAAGCUUUCAUCGUUUUUAGGAAAUAA